AUGGCAUUCAUUACAUCUUUUCUUUCCCUUCCAAACGAAAUUCUUCUUAUGAUUUUCGAAAUGCUCGACAUAGCAUCCCUUUUCGCGGUCUCUGAUACAUGCAAACUAUUCAACCUCUUAUCAUGCGAAUAUAUCAUCAAAUCCUUCGAAUCACCAGAACUCACAUUAAGGCUUUCGUUCAACCAAGAAUACAAAUUGAAACCCCAAGUCGAAUUCCGCUUUUCUCACGUUGACAAGGCCACAAACAAUCUGGUUUUCAAGCCGAAAACUCAGAGGCAAAUGAAAUUCUACAAUUCGGCAGUUGUACGCAAGCCUAAUUUAUAUAAUGUGGCAUUGAUGACCGAUAACAACAACGAGAUAUCGUGCUUGUCGAAAGAAAACUUUCUUCCAAAGACGGCGCCAAUUUCCAUCAAAAACUCGGGAACUUUCAACAAAACACAUAAGAUCAAUCGAUACAGCAACAAUAAUCUGCAAUUGUCGUAUUCAUUCUCAUACACUGUGAGCACCACUCCUGAAAAUGUGAAACCGACGAGAAGCGGUGAAAGGUGGAUAACACCCACGGAAUUUUCGUGCCCGUUUGAGUUUUUCUAUCCACAAGAAGAUAGCGUUUACAAGAGGUUUAUGAAUCUGUUUGGCAAGCAACGAGGAAAUAAGACGUCUAUGAAGAAAUUGUCAAAGCAAAAGUGGGUAAAUAGUAAACUCAUUGCAAGCAAAAAGUAUGAACAGAUGCAUCACAGUGUGUCGACACCAAAUUUAGUGUUUCAUUAG